UGGAGACCGCUGGGGCAUUUCCUUCAUGCCCUUGACAUCUUUGGCGAUGGCAGCUUCUACGUCACUAGUGCGCCCGGUCACGUUCAAGGGCACAUUAACCGUCUUGCUCGUAUCGGUCCCCAGCGUCUCGUCCUUUUGAAGAGUGAGUUAUGCCAUUUCCUCCCGUGGCUGGAGGAGGCCUGCACCAGUUCCAGGUUUCCGAAGGCGAAGGCUCGAUGAAGAGCGUUCAUAUGGACGACGCGGCGACAGCGACUCACAUUGCCAAUAUAAGAAGCAUGGUCAGAGCCGCGGGCCAUAGCUUCUCGUUCGAGGUGGUCCUGGCGCAUGAUAUAGGAUGGAGUCUGGAAAAUAGCGACACUAUCUUGCCCGGCAAGUUC